AUGGAGGUGUUGGGCGAGCCUGCGUCAAAAAGGCGUAGGGUCUCCUAUGGCUCUGAAUAUCGCACCGAUUCUCCGCCCUCUCCACCUCCCCCUUUCUCCGAAUAUAUCCUCCUCGCCAGCGCCAGGUUCUCUGUCCGUCGCUGGGACAUAGAUCUGUCCACGCUUUGCCCAGACGGAAACCCUGUGGGGAUCAAUAUACUCGAGGCGCCGACUCCACGGCAAGAAUAUAGAAUAACCUUCUCUGUCGGUCGAGCCAAGGCCUCGCAGUAUGUCCAUAUCCUGAAUGAGCCGUCGACGGGCGACCCGGUCUUUGAGGAUGCCUUACGCCUGGACUCGGCGGCCAAAUACAAGGCCCCCGCCGCCUUGCCUCUUGCCUGCGCAUACGCUACGAUUCAACCUUCGCCGGAUGGCCCAUGCGUCAUUAUCUCGAUCCUUUGGGAGAAUACCACAAAGAUCAGGGAUCGCAUAGACCCGUUUCUCCUUGAUAUGCUAGGGCGCUAUAUACCGUGUGACACAACCCCGGCUGCGAAGUUUGCGACAUGGAAUCCUCGGCAGUUCUACGACUAUGUCCAUGUACCUGAGAAAACGGAGGAGAACUCGGCAGAUAUCAAAGUUCCAUACCUGGAAUCUCAAUUGUUCCCUUUCCAGAGACGUGCCGUACGCUGGCUCUUGGCAAGAGAACGAGCAGUUCUACACGAUUCGGGACAGGUGACGACUCUUGAUGAAGAUUCCGAUGGGCCUCUUCCCGAAGGAUUCCAGGUAUUUCAGACAGACAGCAAACAAACGUGUUUCGUCAAUCACACGUUGGGUGUAGUCUCCACAGACCGGGCGGCGGUCUUGAAAGACUUCUCGAGCAUAAAAGGUGGGAUCCUUGCGGAGGAAAUGGGGCUCGGAAAGACUUUGGAGGUCAUCUCCCUAAUCUGUCUACAUCGCAAACCAGAGAAUGUUGAAUGCCCUCCAGGUUUGCGACAAUCUUCCGCAACACUGAUCAUUACACCCCCAUCGAUCCUGGAGCAAUGGAGGCAGGAGAUCAAGGAACAUGCCCCCGCAUUGCGAAUACAUCAUUACGAGGGCCUCAGCGGCUAUCGUCGGACUGGUGACAAACUCAUCGAGGAGCUAUUGGAGCAAGACGUGGUGCUCACAACCUACAACGUCAUCGCCAAAGAAAUCCACUACGUGAUGGAAAAGCCAGAGCGCAAUCUACGAAGCCGCCGGCGCGUGGAACCACCGAAGAGUCCUUUGACUCAGAUCUCAUGGUGGCGCGUCUGCCUGGACGAGGCUCAGAUGGUUGAAAGCGGUGUGUCUUCGGCCGCCACGGUGGCUCGGCUGAUUCCUCGCAUCAAUGCCUGGGCAGUCACCGGUACACCGCUCCGGUCAGGACACAGGGACCUCUAUGGUUUGUUACUUUUCCUUCGGUAUAACCCAUGGUGUCAGUCUCUUCGGCUUUGGGAUUAUCUUGUCAACUAUCAUCGGCCACUGUUUAAAGACAUGUUGGAGGAAGUCGCACUGAGACAUACCAAGGAUUUCGUUCGUGAAGACCUGCGACUGCCACCGCAAAGCCGUCAUACUAUCACAAUUCCAUUCACACCUAUCGAAGAGCAACAUUAUACCCAGCUUUUUCAAGAAUUCUGUGAAGACUGUGAUUUUGAUCGGACAGGCGCUCCAGUCUUUGAUGAUCGGUCUGAUGAUUCGGAACCGGACUCUCCGGUAUUGAUAGAGAAAAUGCGGACAUGGUUGACACGACUGCGACAGACAUGUCUCCACCCAGAAGUAGGUGGGCGAAAUCGUCGAGCUUUGGGUCGUUCCACCAACGGUCCCCUUCGGACAGUCGAGCAGGUUCUGGAGGUGAUGAUUGAUCAACAUGAGAGCCAACUCCGCACCGCCCAGCGUAACAAGCUGAUGGCGCAAAUUCGAAGAGGACAAUUGAAAGAGAAUGCCAAAGUCACCGAUGAAGCUCUGAAGAUAUGGAAGGGUGUAUAUGACGAGUCGGUCAUUGUCGUCCAAGAAUGCCGGAAGCGACUGGAAGAAGAAAAAGUGGCCGCCAGUCUGAGCAAAGAGAAGGAGGACGAAGAUGAAGCCAACCCGCGGCUGACAGCCUCGAGGGCACGAUUACGGACGGCCCUGGAGAUCCAACACAUCUCCAUCUUCUUCAUGGCAAAUGCCUACUUCCAACUCAAAUCGCUGGAGGAGCCGGAAAGUGAGAAGUACAUCGAGUUGGAGAAACAAGAAACCGCGGCAUACGAAGAGGCCAAAGCCAUCCGUGCCGAGCUACUUGCCGAAGUCUUCCGCCAUGUGAACAAGUCAAUCAGUUCAGUUAGAGCUGUUGUGGCGGCGGGACUGACACCGAUUCCCGACAUGGAAGAGCCUGGAGACUAUACCGGGAUUGAAAGCAGGAAGAUCAUCGACAAAGUUGCCGACUACUGCCAGGCUAUGAACGUCCAAGCAAAACAGUUUCGCGAGCUACGGGAGAAGAUGGCCGACUUUUUGAGGCAAGCGCUUAUUGAUGAGGACGAAGGGGUUGAGCUUCAAGGAGACGAGUACGAAAGUUCGACCAAGCAUCAAGAUGAGAUGUAUGCUUACAUGGAGGCGCUGAGAGCACUCUUUGCCGACCGCAGUGAAGCCAUUACUGGUCAGGAGAACAUGCUUAUCAAACAAGAGAUGAAACAAUUCCUCCGCUCCGCAAAGGAGGGUGAGGGGCCGGCGCCUGAAUUGAUGUUGAAGCUGCUGGCGGAUCGUGAGUUGAAACGCGUCAAGGUCAAGGACUAUGGUUGUCUCCGUGGUAUUACAGCCGAGGUCCGACAAUUGGUCAUGUCUCUACAAUGGCAGGAAGGAAAUGGCCACACGCGAGCUGGCCAGGAACUCGUUAUCCUAGAGCGAAUCCUCAAGCACGUUCAGCAGCUUGGGGCUGGCCAAACCAAAGCCCUCAAUGCGCUUGAACAAGAGGUCAACCAGUUUCGCGACACCAUGAACAGCCGACUGGACUACUACCGAGCGCUGCAGAAAAUAUCUGACACAGUCGCCCCUUAUCAAGAAGAGAACGUCGGCAAGCCUUUGUCUCAGAGAGAAUACCGCGCUUUUGAGACCGAGGAGGCAAAGUGGCAGCAGAAGAUAGUCUCCAUGGCUGCCAAACUGCGGUACCUCAUUCACAUGAAGACCGAAUCGAAAUCGACGGCGCCGAGGAUAUGUACAAUCUGUACAGACAACUUCGAAGUAGGGACCAUGACCUCCUGUGGGCAUCAAUUCUGCAAGGAUUGCGUCUUGCUGUGGUGGAGUCAACAUCGCAAUUGUCCCGUGUGCAAGACGACGUUGCAACCCAGCAGCUUCCACGACAUCACGUACAAACCGGCCGAGAUCGCGGUUCAAGCCGAGUCGCCGACCAGCUCGACUCCGUCAAGUUCGGGAUCUGGUAGCGGUGAUCGGAGUCAUGACCAGUCGAUCUACUCCGACAUCAGCACUGCGAUGCUCAACCAGAUCAAGAACAUCGAUCUGCGAGGCCCCAGUUUCGGCAGCAAGAUUGACUUCCUGUGCCGACAUCUGAUCUGGCUCCGUGAACACGAUCCAGGGUCUAAAGCCAUCAUCUUCUCUCAGUAUCGCGAGUUCAUUGACGUGCUGGGCCGCGCCUUUGCCGAGCACAAGAUUUCGUCGACCCGCAUUGACGUUAAGAACGGCAUUGAGAAGUUUAAGUCCGAUCCGGCCGUCGAGUGUUUCCUCUUACACGCCAAGGCGCAUUCGACCGGACUGAAUCUUGUUGUCGCCAGCCACGUCUUUCUGUGUGAGCCGCUCAUCAACACCGCCAUCGAAUUGCAAGCCAUUGCACGGGUCCAUCGUAUCGGCCAAUGCCGUCCAACUACUGUUUGGAUGUACCUGAUUGCCGACACGGUGGAGGAAGCCAUCUACGACAUCAGCGUCACUCGUCGACUAGCCCACCUCCGUGGCAAAAGUAGUCGAGGGCAAGAGAAGGCUGCCAAACCGACAAGAAGACCAAUCUCCAUCAUGGAUAUCUAUGGGCGCUCGGAGUCGACGAUGCCAUCACUCUCCUCGGGCGACACAGACAAUACAGCCACUACUUCGACCACUCAUACCCCGAACGGAGGUCUACAAGAAACCGCCAUCGACGCUGCAAAUUCAAUGGAAUUGCAGGCCGCAGAUCUCUCCCGACUUCUCACUGCCGGCAAGAACGGCGGCGAAAUGGUCGACAAGGAAGAUCUAUGGGCCUGUCUAUUCAGCCGGGUCAGAAAGCGUGAGGCUGUGAUGAUGGACGGGAUAACUGGAGUGGCCGCCAGAGGUGGUUCGACGAUGAACGAUCUCCAUGCCCUGGCCGAUGCGCAACCCGCUGGGUCGGACAUCGCGAGGUAUUUGAGACUCGACGCAGUACAGCGCAGACUUGAGUCUGAUGUUCUGUGA